CAUAACCUUUUUAAUAUAGCUGCUACUGGUAGCUUUUUAAAAGCUUUAUCCUGUACUAAGUAUUUCUUGCUUUACCACUGUGCAGGUAGCUCGCCAUGCUCGUAGCUUUGUUUGCGGCGUUAGUACUCCUCUGCUACUCAGCCGGCAACAUCCACUGCGUCGUGGCGGUCCAUGGAAACGACUCCGACAUGCUCGCGCUGCUCGAGUUCAAGGAUGCCAUCGGCGACGAUCCGGCGGGCGUCCUGAGCUCCUGGAACAAAACCACCCCUUUCUGCCGGUGGAAUGGCGUGAAAUGCGGCCGCCGGGAGCAUCGCGUCACGGCGCUCGAGCUCGCCGGCCAGAACUUGACCGGUCGACUCGCCGCCGCUUCUCUCGGGAAUCUGAGUUACCUUCACCUGCUUGACCUUUCUGGUAAUCGCUUCUCUGGGCAGAUACCUCGCCUGAACAGUCUCCGAAAAUUGCAAGUCCUCAACCUGAGUAACAAUAUUUUGGACGGGAUCAUUCCGGACACGCUUACAAACUGUUCCAGUUUGACGCAGCUAGAUUUGAGCAUAAACUUAUUUCAAGGCCAGAUUCCCCUCGGCAUAGGACUCCUCUCUGAGCUGUCGGAUCUCGUGCUUUCUCGUAAUUAUCUCUCGGGGCACAUUCCUUCUGAGCUCGGGAAGUUGUCGAAAUUGUCGUCGUUGGACCUGAGUGUAAAUAUCAUAUCAGGUAACAUACCAGGAUCCCUUGGCAACAUUUCACAGCUACAUUUGAUAUAUCUGUCAGAGAACAAUUUCUCUGGGCAAAUUCCUAGCUCUCUCGGUAAGCUUUCGAACCUGUCUGUCAACCUUCAGUACCUGCUUUUGGACGGAAACAAUCUAUCAGGACACAUACCGUCCAACAUGGGAAAUCUUCAACAACUCACACAGCUGGACCUUAGUUACAAUAAUCUAAAAGGCAAGAUGCCACCCAGCUUGGGAAAUCUUCAGCGGCUAGUGAGCUUUAAUCUCAGUAACAACAAUCUUCAAGGUGAUAUACCAUCCAAGUUUGGAGAUCUUCAACAGCUCGUAUGGCUGAACCUCGGCAACAACUACCUCCAUGGUGAAGUACCAUCUAGCGUGGCAAAUCUUCAACAGCUCGUCCUGUUGGACCUCAGUCACAAUAAUCUCAGUGGCAAAGUACCUCGCAGCUUGGGAAACCUUCCUAAGCUCAGGCAGCUGGACCUUAGCCACAAUAAUUUUGGUGGCAAAAUACCAUCCAGUCUGGCAAACCUUCGUCAACUCAGUCGCUUGGACCUUAGUUAUAACAGUCUCAAAGGUUUCUAUGCUUAACAUGCCAUUAGUGCGUGACCAGUACGUUCAUAUACCUUUUAUGCCCACUUAUCAGUUAUCGCUGUACUAUCUCUCUUUAGGCCCAAGGGUACGUGUCAACGUGUGUCUUGGUGUCUCAAGGGCACUCUAGUCUUUUACAUUCUCUCUCUUUUUUUAAUGUCUUUUCCCAUUCUCUUGUUCUCAAUUUAUUGCCCUAUAGGCUUAAAUCAACUGAUUGAUACCCAACGUUUUGUUGUAGAAUAGGUGGGUAAAUACAUGUUAUACAUUAUGAAAAUAAUAGAUAUAUAUAUAUAUAUAUAUAUAUAUGUUUGAAUAA